AUGUAAAUUGUCAAGAGCCUUGGUUUAGGUAAUACUGGCAAGGAGUAUACAAAGACCAGACAUAAUGUCGGAAUGAUGUGCAUUGACUACAUAGCUAGGCAAUAGAGAGUUUAAUUCAAGCAAAAAGUAAUUCAUUAUUGUAAAUAAUUCACUACAUAAAAGGCUGCAAUCAGUGGAGAGUAUGCUGAAUUCUCAAUAAUAUCCCCUUAGUUUAAGAUGAAUGCAAUUCUACUUUAGCCAAUUUCAUAUAUGAAUAUAAUUGGGGGUAGUGUAGCAAGAGGUCUUAAGAAUUUUUAAAUUGAUAAGACUCAGCUUUUUGUGUUUCAUGAUGAUUUAGAACGAAAGCUUGGAAACUUUAGAGUUGUUAAAGGUACAAGUUUCAAGCAGACCCGAUUCAAGAGAUAUGAGUGUGGUUUCAGCCUAUGUCCUUAAUGA